AUACGGAGAUUUUAGCACAUUUAAUAAGUAGACUUGUGAAGACGACACUCUAGAAGAGGUAUUGUCAUAUUAGUGACAUCCGCAGACGACGUAAAUAGUUAUAGGCGGGAAAGGUUGGCCGAGCGAUGGACGAAACUACGUCUAAAGAAAUCAGCGUCAGCGAGCCGUUACCAAGCUAUGAGGAACGGAGACUGAAUUACAUCUCAUAUUUACCCGGUCACCAUCAGCCACAGCAGCCACAGCAGCCACCACAGCCACACAUGCCUCGUGUAUCGGAGUGGAACGAUUACCCGAAUGUCGAGGACGACCUGCCGUUCCAGAACCUGUCACCCUUCCCUCCGGACUACAAGGCGUCACCGCACAGCCUGGGGUGGGUGUCCACUUACAGCACUGGCGGAGUAUCACCGCACAGUCCUGGGGGCGACUCGCCGUUCAGCCCUGGAACGACUUCGCCGCACAACCCUAGAAGGGCUUCGAGGAAACCAAGCGGCAGGUCUUCGCCGUACAGCGUGGGUGGGGCGUCUCACCACAGCUCUGGUAGGGUGUCGCAGCACAGUAAGACUUCACGUCUGAGCGGGACUUCACAGCUAAGCGGGACUUCAAAAAGCAGUCAGGUAUCCCGAGUGAGCCGGACGUGGCCGUACCGACAGUUCCCUACACAGACACUGCGAGGAGCGGGGCCGCUGGCCGCCCCUGGCUUCAUGUUCCCAGCAUCCCAGUAUUACCUACCCGCCCUGUACUCCGCCAGCCGGGACGUGUCCGUCGAUGACGGAGUCAGUGAUCACACUGCCAAGAAGGUGAAAACUCACCAGGACGUGUUCCACUUGCCGGGUCCGACAACGCACGGCUGUCUCGUGGCGGCGUGCACGUGCUUCGUGGUCACAUUCAUCGUGCUUAUCUUCGUGGCAGUCUUCUUCGGACACAGUACCUAGCCAUCACCAGUGGUGUCAUAUACAGUACCUAGCCAUCACCAGUGGAGUCAAAUACAGUACCUAGCCAUCACCAGUGGAGUCAAAUACAGUACCUAGCCAUCACCAGUGGAGUCAAAUACAGUACCUAGCCAUCACCAGUGGAGUCAAAUACAGUACCUAGCCAUCACCAGUGGAGUCAAAUACAGUACCUAGCCAUCACCAAUGGAGUCAAAUACAGUACCUAGCCAUCACCAAUGGAGUUAAAUACAGUACCUAGCCAUCACUAGUGGAGUUAAAUACAGUACCUAGCCAUCACAAGUGGAGUCAAAUACAGUACCUAGCCAUCACCAUUGGAGUUAAAUACAGUACCUAGCCAUCACAAGUGGAGUCAAAUACAGUACCUAGCCAUCACCAGUGGAGUCAAAUACAGUACCUAGCCAUCACCAGUGGAGUCAAAUACAGUACCUAGCCAUCACCAGUGGAGUCAAAUACAGUACCUAGCCAUCACCAGUUGAGUCAAAUACAGUACCUAGCCAUCACCAAUGGAGUCAAAUACAGUACCUAGCCAUCACCAGUGGAGUCAAAUACAGUACCCAACCAUCACCAGUGGAGUCAAAUACAGUACCCAGCCAUCACCAGUGGAGUCAAAUACAGUACCCAGCCAUCACCAGUGGAGUCAAAUACAGUACCCAGCCAUCACCAGUGGAGUCAAAUACAGUACCCAGCCAUCACCAGUGGAGUCAAAUACAGUACCCAGCCAUCACCAGUGGAGUCAAAUACAGUACCUAGCCAUCACCAGUGGAGUCAAAUACAGUACCUAGCCAUCACCAGUGGAGUCAAAUACAGUACCUAGCCAUCACCAGUGGAGUCAAAUACAGUACCUAGCCAUCACCAGUGGAGUCAAAUACAGUACCCAGCCAUCACCAGUGGAGUCAAAUACAGUACCCAGCCAUCACCAGUGGAGUCAAAUACAGUACCCAGCCAUCACCAGUGGAGUCAAAUACAGUACCCAGCCAUCACCAGUGGAGUCAAAUACAGUACCCAGCCAUCACCAGUGGAGUCAAAUACAGUACCCAGCCAUCACCAGUGGAGUCAAAUACAGUACCCAGCCAUCACCAGUGGAGUCAAA